GAUAUGUUGGAAAAUAAAACAGUCAGCACUGCAUUAAUUUCGUCCAAGCGGAGUAAUCAGAUGCAAUGCAUGCAGGCAUCAGUUGACUCCAUCGUCCCGUCUAUAAUUCCUUUGGAUGCUCCUUCACUUAUCCCUCGAUCUCGUUGCUGUGUAGCAUAGCAGCUCCAAGUUAGGAGAGCAUGCAUGGCACUCCCUAAGCUGCUGCUCCUCCUCCUCGUUGUGGGCGGUGCACUGUCACUCACCUUCUUCCCCGGUUCAGAGGCCGGCGAUGUGGGGGUGUGCUACGGGAUGAUGGGUGACAACCUGCCACAGCCGCCGGCGGUGGUGCAGCUGCUGAAGCAGCACGGCAUCACGAUGGUGAGACUGUUCAACGCAGACGCCGGUGGGCUCCGGGCGCUGGCCAACACCGGCAUCAAGGUUGGGGUGUCGCUGCCCAACGACAACGUAGCAGAGGCGGCGAGCAGCAUGUCGUACGCGGUGCGGUGGGUGCAGAGCAACGUGCAGGCGUACCCGGGCACGUGGAUCGACAGCGUGUCCGUCGGGAACGAGGUGUUCCACCAGGCGCCAUGGCUGACCCAUCAGCUCCUCCCGGCCAUGAAGAACAUCCAGGCGGCGCUGGCCGGCGCGGGCCUGGGCGACGCCGUGAAGGUGGUGACGCCGAUCGCCAUGGACGCGCUCAAGGUGCCGUCGUUCCCGCCGUCCGUGGGGGAGUUCCGGGACGACCUGGCGUGGUCGGUGAUGAGGCCCAUGGUGGAUUUCCUGGAGCAGACCGGCUCGCACCUCACCUUCAACGUCUACCCCUACUUCGCCUACAAGUACGAUUCCCAUGUCGACCCCGACUUCGCCUUCUUCCGCCCCAACAACGGGCAGCACGACCCGGGCACCGGCCUCACCUACUUCAACCUGUUCGACGCCAUGGUCGACGCCGUGUUCCAUGCCGUGGAGAAGCUGGGCAACUCCGGCGGGCGCACUCGCGGCAGGAGGCGCGGUGGUGUAACCUCGACGAUGGGGGUACCAGAGUCGGGUGCCCCGGCCGGCAAAGGCAAAACGGGGGUAGCAUUGGCGGGCUCGGCUUCGACGGAGAACGCCCGGGCGUACAACUCCAACCUCAUCAGCAAGGUUCUGAGAGGCGCCGGCACGCCGUACAACCCCGACGCCGACAUCUCGGUCUACAUCUUCUCCCUUUUCAACGAGAACCUCAAGCCCGGCGACGACGACGAGCGCAACUUCGGCCUCUUCUACCCCAACGGCACGCAGGUGUACGACGUGGACUUCACGCGCCCUGGCCCCGAGCCCGAGGGGCCUAGCUGGUGCGUGGCCAACGCGGCGGUCGGGGACGGGCGGCUCCGGGACGCGCUGGACUACGCGUGCGGCCACGGGGCGGACUGCAGCGGCAUCCAGCCCGGCGGGUGGUGCUUCGACCCCAACACCAUGGUCGCGCACGCCUCCUACGCCUUCAACGACUACUACCAGCGGAACGGCCGGUCCGAGGAGGCCUGUCGCUUCGGCGGCUGCGGCUCCGUCGUCCACCAGCAGCCCAGGUUCGGCAACUGCGUGCUGCCGCAAUGGCGUGACGGACUCAAGCGGUUGGGAGGACCGCCGUACGUGCAGCUAUCGCAAGACCUCUAGCUAUGCGAUGAACUCCGUACGUGUACUCCGAAUACCCUAGCUACGUAUGUAAUCAAGUAAAUAAGUAUUCUCUUUUUUUCCCACAAAAAGAAAUAAAAAUAAGUACACUUUCUGUGA